UAUACAGACUGGUACUCUGGACAGCCUAAUACUGUCGGUGGAAACGAAGCAUGUGGUAUCAUAGGUAGUGGUAAUGCAUGGUGGGAUUUACCAUGUACAUUACUAAUUCCCUUUAUCUGCUAUAAUGCUAAUUUCAGUGGUGCUGCCCAGUUUAUUGGCAUCACUACACCUCUGUCCUGGCCUCAAGCUCAGGCUUACUGUAGAGAAAAUCACACAGAUUUGGCCAGCGCUCUUAACAGUUCAGACCAAAACAUGUUAUGGCAGGUGUGGAAUAUCCAGGGUGAUUCCUGGAUUGGGCUCUACAGAGACGACACAUGGAAGUGGUCAGAUGGAACCACCGCUUCAAACCUACCAUGGGCUCCUGGAUACCCCUAUAAUUAUUAUGGCAAUGCGAACUGUGCAAUGGUUUAUAACAGACUGUUCUAUAAUACACCCUGCACCACCCUGUACUAUUUCUUCUGUCAUUCCAAUGAAGCAAAAACUGAAAGAACAUGGCAUGUUGGAGAACAGCACAGUGACCUGGAGGGUGCAGCCAGAUGGAAACAUCUUCAAGAAGAAAAAAGAUGACCUGUAACAUCUAAAUGUUCACCUUUAAGUCCAGCAGAUUGUAAACUGACUGAAAUGUAUUUAACCGUAAAUAUUUAAGCUUUAAUCAGUAGGGGGCGGUAGAUAUACUGGGUUUAAUACAUCAGUGUGUCGUAGUAAAGAAUAAAUCCUAUAUAGAAGAGAGAGAAUGUAACAGACCCUGUAAAUACACUAUGUACUUAGAACAGUCAGAUAUAAUGACCUUGGCACUAUUACUGUCCUUUUAUUCUUAUCUCUAUUUAGAUAUAUUUACUUAUUUUGUUGUCUUUUAUUCUAAUAUCUGUACU